GAAAGAUGCAAGUGACUGAAAAAUGGGACUGGUUCGUUAUAGUCGUUGGGCUUCGCGCCUCAAAACAUUGAAUUCCCAAACCAAGCCGUUACUCUCCUCCUCCUUCUCCUCCGUCACCACAGCCGACAAUGAAAACCCAGGUCGACCCGGACCGCCUCCGAUCCGAGUCGCUCUCACCGAGUCAUUCGGUCGAGGCGUCUUCGCGACCCGGAAAAUCGAGACCGGUGAGCUCAUACACACGGCCAAACCCGUUCUCUCUCACCCUUCUCUGUCAACCAUCCACAAGGUCUGUUAUUUCUGCCUCAGAAAGCUGAAAACCACAGACAGCUCUCAAGCCCAACGUGUUUCGUUUUGCAGCGACGAAUGCCAACGAGAAGCAAAGGGGUUUCAUGAUAUGGAGAUGAGAGCAGAUUGGUCAGCUUAUGAUGACUAUUGUCGGUCUCGUGGUUUGAAAUAUCCAUUACUUGUGAAGCGGUUGGCUUGUAUGGUCAUGUCAAGAGCUGCAUCUGCCAACCUUCUUGACAUACUCCAACCUGCUAGCUUAUCUCCAGAGAUGAUUGUAGAGAUGGAAGAGGGUUUUCGCUUGCUAAGGAGUGCCUUUGAAAACUCAAAUAUCACUGGUGAACAGAUGUCAUUUUUAACUAAACAAUGGUACAUUGGUAUACUGGCACGGAUUCGCAUUAAUGCAUUUCGAAUAGAGUUGGUCGGUGCAUUGUAUGAUGAUCUCCUGUCAUCAUUAGCAGCCUCUAUAGAAUCUGAAGCUGCUGUUGGGAAUGCUGUUUAUAUGCUCCCAUCCUUCUAUAAUCAUGAUUGCGAUCCAAAUAGCCACAUUAUAUGGAUAGAGAAUGCAGAUGCAAGAUUGAAGGCCCUUCGUGAUGUGGAUGAAGGUGAAGAGCUCCGGAUCUGCUAUAUUGAUGCAAGCAUGGAUCAUGAUGCUCGGCAGAGUUUCCUGUCCCAGGGGUUUGGUUUUCAGUGCAAUUGCCUUCGAUGUCUGUCUGGUGAUUAAGGGUGUUAUUUGAGAAUCUGGCUUUUAAUUAAUUAAUUAAUUUUAAAUUUAGGAGGGAGUUUCAAAUAUGAGACCUCUUCCAAUCUUUUGGAUGAUAAAUUUAGUUUUUUAAUUAAGAUUUUGCUAUAACUUCAGUUA